CCUCAGGUUAUCAACAGUUUUGCGUGUCCUUUGUGUUUUUUACUUUUCAACCUAAGAGAUGAAUGUCUACAGCACAUGUCUGAAAGCAAUCACUUCUUGCGAGCUAUCGAAUUAGAUAAUAGAAGCAUACCAUGUCCAGUACCAUUUCCACGAUAUGCAAAAAAUAUUUUGGUUGCUCUGUGCAAGGACAUUCCAUUCCAGGUUAAAUGCUCAUCCUGCAAUCAGGAACUACGUUCUCAUACAGAACUUUCUGCACAUUUUAGAACACGGUGCCGUAAUGCUCAUCCUGUGGCUUAUUCAGAACAAAGCAUAGCUGAGAGAAAAGCGAAGGACCAUGUUGACCGUCAGAAGGACAGAGUGGCUUCAACUCUUGAUCGCCUUGCGCUACAUGUUGAGGUAGAGAAAAAAAAUAAAGCAGAGAAAAAUAAAGCAUUUCAGGAAAAACUGCAUGAUCAACAUGCACAUGGUCUUCAAGAGCUGGAAUUCGUUAAAGGGCUGCCAGGUACAGAUGCAGCAAGAAUAUGUGUUAAUCAGUGGCUCAAAAUGCCAGGGCUGAAGCCAGGGAUAGUCUGUUCCAGCCGCAGAAAUAAGAAUCGUUUUAGAGAACAAAGUCCUGUCAGAAACACGCCCAUCAUCUGUCCUAUUGUGCACUGCAACAGAAAGUAUGAUAAUGGUCAGCUGCUCUUAGGACAUCUAAAAAGGUUUGAUCAUUCUCCGUGCGACCCAACUAUUCAUCUUCAUGGAGCUCCUUCAAAUUCUUAUGCCUGUGAUGCUUGUCUUCAACGUUUUAAUUCCCCUGAUAAAUAUGAUGAUCAUGUGACAGCAAAGGCCCGACUGGCUGAUGGCCAUGAGAACAAUAUUCCUCCUCAGGUUAUCAACAGUUUUGCGUGUCCUUUGUGUUUUUUACUUUUCAACCUAAGAGAUGAAUGUCUACAGCACAUGUCUGAAAGCAAUCACUUCUUGCGAGCUAUCGAAUUAGAUAAUAGAAGCAUACCAUGUCCAGUACCGUUUCCACGAUAUGCAAAAAAUAUUUUGGUUGCUCUGUGCAAGGACAUUCCAUUCCAGGUUAAAUGCUCAUCCUGCAAUCAGGAACUACGUUCUCAUACAGAACUUUCUGCUCAUUUUAGAACACGGUGCCGUAAUGCUCAUCCUGUGGCUUAUUCAGAACAAAGCAUAGCUGAGGUUGUGUCAGUGUUUUUAAGUAAAGCCUACUGUCUGUCAUGUAGGAAAAUAUUGAAAAGUGACACACACAUUGCUAAGCAUGCCCAAAGAACUGGCCACAAAGCCAAAUUAAUAGCAAGCCUGGAAGAAUCAAUUAUGGCUUUUUGUUACACCCAUGAAGGGAUCAAAACUCCAUCUGAUAUGUGCUUAUCUGCAAGUAGUGCAAGAUUUAAACCUAAUAUGCUUAAAAGGACUUUAGAUGACAAUGAUCAGAGGAGAACGGACUUAUUUAUAAAUGGAGGGAAAAACACUAAUUCAGAAGGCAAUAGUGCAAACAAUGGUGAAUAAUUAACUUUGUCACACAUUUGUUGCCCUUGUAAAGUAAACAAUAAGGAGCAAAAUGUAUACCUGAUUUUUUUUUUUUCAAGUUUAAUUUGAAUUGCCGUUCCACCUUUAUCCUUUAGAUCCAAAAAAUGGUUUAGAAGUAAUGUGCUUUAUUUGUGUUUGUUAAACAAACAAGGGUCAAUCAAUUUUGUCACCUAUUGGAUAAUAAUGUUUAGUUGUAGAAAUGUGUUCACUAUGAGACCUAUUCAGA